AUGCUGGGGUGUAGAGAGGGUCUCUGGGGCGAAGCGGCGGGGUCUCUGGUUCGUGUACUGCGAAAAUUCUCGAAGACCCAGUGCCUUAUCUAUGUUAGCAAAGUUGGAUCUCUUGCAGAGAACGUUUCCGCCAACGAGAGAAUUGCCACGGGAGACGAAUCGACAUUGGGAGACAAAGCCAUAGCUUGGGAUGACCCUCUCCGAGACUUGAAGUCGAUAGCAUCCUCUGAUCUAGUUUUGCGGGGACGGCAUGUCUCGGUUCCAUCUCCGUUGUGCGAGACUAAGGAAUGGUUACGGCACUGGCAGGAGACUUGUGCCUGGGUCGACUGCGAAACAUGGCACAUGGCACAGGCAGCCAAGGACGUCGAAGUCAAGUUCGGUUAUUUACACAUCGUCUCGGACAACCUCGCGGAGGAAGAUGGCGAGAAUUUGUCAAAUGAGGACUGCGAUGAAAUCCAAACCUCACCUCCUGCCAAGCACAUGACAGCCAUAGCAUUGCGGCGCUUCACCGGACGAGUUCUAGACGCAAUGCUACCGUGUGUAUUAAUCGGGUUUAGGCCAAAGCUCUCGGCGGCCCGCGGAAGCGGAAAGCGGACUGGUCACGCUCGGCGAGGAACACGAACCGAAGGCUCCGGGAAUCAGGGGCUCUGCCGCCAUUACCGCUCCGUCCAAGAAAACUGUCUUGAUGCCGAGCCACCUCUGUGGGUUCAGGUGGAUUUGAGCACUCUAUUGACAUCUCAGCCCUGUAUUAAGCCUCUUGAUAUGGAAGAUCGUCCUCAACGUCUUCAAGUUCGAAGAGCUCAAGCAAGCGAUCUUCUAGCUCUAGCAAGUCUUCGAGCAGAAGCUCAACGUCCUCUAGUUCCAGCACCGCCUCGUCCUCUGGUAGCAGUAGCUCCCUACCCCGGUUUCCACUUCCUCGGAAACUACUUCCACAGGAACAUCUUCCGAUUCGAUGCUCAUGGAAAUCCGUAUGUCCCUGUGGCUCCGAUCGCUAUUCCUGUAGUUGGUGGUGUGCCCGUGGUCCUUCCUGUUGGUGGCGGUGGUGGAGGUGGAGGCGGGGCAGGAGCGGACUCAACGACCACGACGACGAGCUCUAGUCCUAGCUCUAGCUCUAGUCCGCCAACGCCAACUAGCUCGAUACCAGCAAGCCCCUCUUCUAGCUCGGUUGAUCCAAUCACAUCAGCUGCGGAGUUAUCUUCAGGGUCAUCCAUCGUGGAAGUUGUGACGGUAACAUCUCCUGAGACCACAAUUGAGGUCAUUGAGACUGCUACGUCUGCCGCGCCGGCUGCAACUAGUGCUGCGCCAUCUCCGGUUCCGUGCUAUAACUACGAUUGGAAAUCAUACGGCUGGUGCUGCCCUGGCCCAGACUCUCCUUGCCAAAAUGACCUGGGCACCUGCUACUUUGACGGCACAGGGGCUACUAAUGUGUUGCCAAACACGGCUGCUUGUCCGCCUGGAGAGGGUGCGAGAAGUUGA